AUGGGCUACGUUCCUUUCGCCGUGGAUGAUGCCAUGGAGGCUGUUGUGAAACUAUGUCGCUCUCACCGUGUCCUCGAACUUCGACACACGGGAGGGAUAGUUCAAAAAGGGAACGGCAACACUUAUGUGGCCAUGCACUGGGCUGAGGACCAGUCAGGUUGCGGUACUAUCACGGAAUGGGUAUUCUCCGGUCCCAAAGAUAGCGAUGCAUACAAGACCUGCAUUGGAAUGUGGACGAGUGACAUUAGUUGCAUGGAAGAGACCGAGAAGUCAAGGACUAGCUAUGGCGGCGGAUACGUGUUCUACACCCACCAGGGCUGCGUUCUGAUGAGGGUCUAUGCUCUGCCACACACCAGCAGUCACAUUGUGCCUGAGUUAGCCAGCAAGAAAAGGAGCAUAGACGGCGCGCCUAGGAAUGACACGGCAUCAGGGGAGGAUUCUAUUUGGUCUUCAUUGUGGAAAAGGUUCGCGAAUAAGAGCACUGGUGCGUCGGUUCAUGUUUGA